AUUCAAGAAAGCAAUAAACCUUUCUUCAGAUAUUUCUCCUUCUUUUCAGUUUCUAACAUGGUAUCAGAGUUAUAACCUCUUGGUUCUUUUCUCUUAUCAUCGCUGUUGGGUUUUUUUUUUUGGAGUUGAAUUUUUAAUUCUAUUUCAGAUCUGAAACUUUGUCAUUGGGAUUUCUUCUCAUACAGAUUGGAUUGUUUAUCCUCAAUUCUCAGACCCUUUCUGAGGUAUUUUGUUGCUUUGUUAUUUCGAUCUUGGCAUCUAUUUCUCCAUAUUUUUAGAGUUUUUCAGUAUUGUAAGUUUACUGAUUCUAUGACGAGUUUUGAAAGGAUUGUAACUCAUCCUGCUACUGCUACGGUUGCCAUAGAAGUGAUAGAACAACCUAAUGUCAACCUUGAAUCCCUAAAACAGGUGAUAUUAAAUCUUUUUAAUGCUCCUACUGCCCUAUCUACUGCUCCGGGUACCAAACCUUGGUAUUUCGAUUCUGGUUGUUGUAACCAUAUGUCUUCAAUUACUGCUCAUUUCUCUUCAAUGUCACCUAAUAAUUCCUUUCCUGAUAUUUAUCCUGCUAAUGGUUCCUCUAUGAAUGACCCACAGACAGGACAACUUCUAAGAACUGGUCGCAAGGUGGGGCGUUUGUUUGAGCUCAACUAUCUGCAUAUUCCUGAUAAUAAAAUGGAUACACCAUCAUUUCCAAAUGAUCAAUUCAUCCAAACCCUGCUUUGUGCUAUUGAAUUAGAGUCUUUGCAAAUUCCUUAUCAACAAAUCUUCCAAGUCUGUGCUGCUACUAACAUUUCUCCUCUCCAUUUGUGGCACUCACGACUCGGACAUACCUUUGUCGCUUUAUCUUUUUCGAGUAGUCAUUCUCAUUCUACUACUCCUUUUAAUCUUGUGCAUUCUGAUGUUUGGGGUCCAUCGCCUACACCCACCAUGGGGGGUUCCAGUCACUCUGAAUUAUCACAAAUUUAUAUUGAUUUUGCUACCAUGGUCAAAACCCAGUUCUCUAAAAUUAUCAAAGUUUUGAGAACUGACAAUGCUACUGAAUAUCUUAGUACUAAACUUCAAUCUUUUUUGAAAGAACAGGGUACACUGCCACAACAAUCUUGUCCUUAUACUUCUGAACAAAAUGGGCGAGCCGAACGCAAACACAGACACAUCCUUGAUUCUGUUCAUGCUCUGCUCAUUUCAUCUUCUUGUCCAGAGCGAUUUUGGGGUGAGGCUGCUCUUACAGCUGCUUAUCUUAUUAAUCGCAUUCCAUCAUCAGUCCUUAAUAACUAUGAUUCUAAUGCAAGUACAUCUGAUGAGCUCUACAAUGCCUCACCACAUGCUCUAACCAGUUCUGUAGAAGAUGAUCUGCCUGCUGGUAAUGCAUUAGAUAAUUUUGAGCAUUCUUCUACUUCCUCAUCUACAAAUGAGCUUGUUGUCCCAUCCUCAAGUCAUCCUACUCGGAUCCAAACACGAUCUGAUGGUUCUAUGGAGCGUUAUAAGGCACGCUUGGUUGCCAAGGGUUUUACACAGGAGUAUGGAAUCAACUAUGAAGAGACAUUUGCUCUAGUUGCUCGUCUUACAUCUGUGCACAGUUUGCUUGCUAUCGUUGCUAUACGGAGAUGGAAAUUGUUUCAGAUGGAUGUGAAAAAUGCUUUUCUUAAUGGUGACCUAGAAGAAGAAGUUUAUAUGAAACCACCUCAUGGGCUCCACCAUCUUCCAAACAAGGUAUGUCGAUUGUGCCGUGCAUUAUACGGGUUGAAGCAAUCCCCUCGAGUUUGGUAUGCAAAGUUUAGUGCUACUGUGAGUGAGUUUGGUUUUACUUCCAGUCCACAUGAUACAGCUUUGUUCAUUCAUAAGACUGCUCGGGGUAUGGUUCUUUUACUUCUUUAUGUUGAUGACAUGAUUAUUACUAGAGAUGAUGUCGCAGGUGUUGAGGAGUUAAAACAAUCUCUCAGUCAAAAAUUUGAGAUGAAAGAUCUUGGUGUUCUGAGCUAUUUUUUGGGGCUUGAAGUGACCUCUUCAGAUGAUGGCUACCUGCUUUCUCAAGUAAAGUAUGCCUCCGAUCUUGUUUCUAAAGCUGAACUCAAUGAUAGAAAAAGUGUUUCUACACCUCUUGAACCCAAUGUCAAGCUUACACCUAUGGAUGGCUCUCCACUUUCUGAUCCUACUCACUAUCGGCAAUUGGUUGGUAGUCUGGUUUAUCUUACUACGACACACCCUGAUAUAGCAUAUGCAGUUCACAUUGUUAGUCAGUUUAUGGCUGCUCCUCGUUUCACUCAUUAUGUAGCAGUACUUCGCAUUAUUCGCUAUGUUAAGGGAACAUUAUUUCAUGGACUCCAUUUUUCUGCCAACUCCUCCCCUGUGCUUCGUGCUUACUCUGAUGCUGAUUGGGCCGGUGAUCCUUCUGAUUGUAGAUCUACCACCGGUUAUUGUCUUUUCCUUGGUAAUUCUCUCAUCUAUUGGCGGAGUAAGAAACAAGUUAUUCCAUCUCGCUCUAGUACUGAAGCUGAGUAUAAAGCUCUCAGGGAUACCACAUCAGAACUUCUUUCAUUGCGGUGGCUUCUUCAAGAUAUAGGCAUUCCUCAACCUUCUUCUACUGAUUUAUAUUGUGAUAAUCAAAGUGCUAUGCAGAUUGCUCAUAAUGAUGUCUUUCAUGAAUGCACUAAACACAUUGAGGUUGAUUGUCACUUUAUUCGCCAUCAUGUUGCACAAGGAACUGUUCAUUUGGUUUUCAUUGGCUCCACUGAUCAACUAGCAAAUCUCUUUACCAAGGCUCAUUUUCCUGGACGCUUUCGUACUCUUCUUUCCAAACUUAAGAUGGUUUCAUCACAACCACUUUGAGUUUGAGGGGAUGUUAAGAUGUGAACAUAAUUAUAUUUAGAAUUAUUGUAAAUAUUUUAUACUUUAAAAUAUUCUCUUCAUAUACUUUAUACCUUAGACUAUUCUCUUUGUAAACACCUAUAUAUAAGUCAUUGUACAUACAAUAUAAUUCAAGAAAGCAAUAAACCUUUCUUAAGAUA